AAACCCUCGUGGGGAACCUGCGGCGCCGUUCCUUUCCCUGUCCCCUUCCCUGCGACCCCCUGGCCAGGGCCCAGGCCUUGGGAGGCGGGUCCGUGCGCUCUGGAACUGCACGGGGACGCGCGAUUCUCGCCUCCGGGAGAAGAGGACGCGGUCGCCCGCGCUGAGGACCAUCCCUGGCACGAGACCCGCGCCUGUCCUCUCGGUGUCUACACAACGGCCACCGCGCGUCUACGAGCCACAUUCCCGCUUCUGCGCGCAACUCCCACGCCCGGGCCCCUGCCCGCCGGCGCCAGAUCCGCCUCCUGGGCUGGACCCAGAGGGUCCUGGGCGGCGUCUUUAAGGCUGCGGUCCCCGCCCUCCCUCCUCCCCGCCCUCGUGGUGUAGCCGCGGCUCCUCCGACCUCCCCGAGAGCCCGGCAGCCAGGCGCGCGCGGCGCGGAGCAGGUGCGGCGAGCCCCUCGCAUGCCGCGGCCCGGCCCGCCCCUCCUCCCGGCCGCACUCGGCUCCGGCGCGCGGGGACAUGUCGUUGGCGACGGGCAGCAGCGAGGCAGCCGGUGGGGCUGGUGGGGGCGGCGCGCGGGUUUUCUUCCAGAGCCCCCGGGGCGGCGCGGCCGGCAGCCCGGGCUCCAGCAGCGGCGCGGGCUCCUCCCGGGAGGACUCGGCGCCCGUGGCCCCCGCGGCCGGGCAGGUUCAGCAGCAGCAGCAGCAGCAGCAGCAGCGGCGCCACCAGCAGGGAAAAGUGACAGUGAAAUACGAUCGCAAGGAGCUCCGGAAGCGGCUGGUGCUGGAGGAGUGGAUCGUGGAGCAGCUGGGACGGCUGUACGGCUGCGAGGAAGAAGAAAUGCCAGAUGUAGAAAUUGACAUUGAUGAUCUUCUUGAUGCAGACAGUGAAGAAGAGAGAGCUUUAAAAUUACGGGAAGCUCUCGUAGACUGCCACAAACCAACAGAGGAAUUUAUCAAGGAGCUGCUUUCUCGGAUAAGAGGCAUGAGGAAACUGAGCCCCCCGCAGAAGAAGACUGUGUAAUUCUGCACAGGGUGGCACUGCCUGGAGACCAAGACUGGGUCCCAGGAACUGGACUUUACUCAGACUAUUUCACUUUUUUCGGGGAGGGGGCAUCUGUUAGACAUUUAUUCAAGAGCGUUCUGUUUUUUUGUUUUUUAAAGGUUUCAUUAGUGUACUAUUUUAAUAGCAAAGAUACCACUCUGGUUUCAGCCCAACCAGGGAUUGUCAAACCAGACAGACAUCCAAGGAUGGGCUGGGCUAGGCAGUAUUUUCUUCGAGAAAUCCGAUGUUGAUGACCUAACUAUACAGGGAUGAUGGUUUGUUUGUUUUUUAACAACUAGUUGGAUAAUCCUUCUUUCUUAAGUUCUGCAUUUGACUCAGACGUCGAAUUUCUCAUACUUGUAUAUAUCUACACACAACAGAGUUCCAGCGUAGAUGUGAGCUUUAUUUCACAUUGAUGAAAUGAACGUGUGGUUGUCCUUUAACUGGAGGUCACAGCACGUGUGUUGGCCAGAGGCCACUAGGUAUUCUUCAUGUGAGUGCUGCUGACCUCCAACAUCCGCUUUAUGCACCAAAGUGAAAGAAUCCAGUGUAUCCGUUAUUUGAAUGAGCUACACUACAAAAGUGUUGAGUUGGUCAAGGGCUUAAUUUAUGGACUUUCUAUUAUUUCAUUCAUUGGGAUGCUUUGCCAGGUCGUGUACUUAUUGCCUCAUUUGUGGUACUUUAAAGUUUUACGAAUCCUUCGUUGGAAGAACUACUGGGAUGUCUAGAGAGGAGCCCUCGCUAUCUGAGCAGUGUUUUCUGUGGAAAAUGGGAGCACUGGGUAGUGAUGAAUUCUCUGCUUUAACCCAAGUACUGUGUAAUAUUCUCUCCAUGAAAGCAGGUCAAAAGGAAGCCAGCAGAUUAUGCAUCUCCCUUCUUAGAACUAGGUUCUGGUCACUUCUGUGCCUGGGCAGCAGCAGACCAGAGGGGGUACGCUCAGUGGUGAGCAGAGGGAGAGGUGGGGAAGCCUCUCCUGCCCUCAAGAAAGUUGGUAGAGGAGCAUUGGCUGGUCGGGAAGCUCGGUGGAGAGUGCAUUUCUGGUUUCUCUAGUGGCAUAUGGUGAGGACUCUGGCUCUAGGCACCCUAAUUCCCUUGCCUGGAGCUAGGCCUGGGGCACCUGCCCUGCCCCUCUUAGUUACACACCGGCUCCUUGGGGGAGGCUCAAAAUUCAGAUGGACUCAGGUGGAGUAAAAGGUCAGAGUAGGAACUCUUGCUUCCCUCCAGGAGGUCCCACUGCCUCCCCACAGAGGCCCCACCUACAGUGAGCUAUGUCUGGGAGGGCCCUGUCGGAGCACAGGGGUCAGGCAUUUUCUAUCAAGGGUGCUUUGAACAUAUUUUAUUUUUUAAAAGAACUAUGUUUGUGAAUUUUAUGUAUACUGGCAAGCUUUUGAAAAUGUAUUUAAUUUUGUAAUGUUUACCAAUGAUUUCUUUACAAGCUAUUUACUCAAAUAAAUGGAGCUGCUUACAACUCUG